AUGCUGAUUUUAGUUCUGCUCGUUCCAUUCCACUUUUUACCGUUACUGUUGGAGUUCGGAGGUAUGGAAUGUCACACCAAUCCACUCUGGUGUCCCGAGGGUCCACCCAGUGCCUCUGAACGUAGUUGGCUCACUCCGCUACUCACCUGGCCAGCAGACUGGACGGCGUUUGUAAGCCCCGGGGCAAUCCUUCUCACAAUCGGUCUGUCCGGCAUUGUUGGACGUCUUCUCGCUGCCAUGUACAUUGAAAAAGGUGUUGGAACAGGUUGUCGUGCGUUUCAACGUUGUCCAUGUGUGGGCGAUCCUUUGAUCCUGAACAAUGUUCUCCUGGUGUUAUGUGCCAUCUCACUUGCUUGUUUUCCUCUGGCCAUACACGGAGUGAUUUUAACUCCGUCGCGAACCGAUCGGGACGAUUUUGAACGGUACGGUGCCGUGGUGACCGGUGAAAACGGACGACCGGAACAAAUUCAGGCUUGGUCCGUCGAAUUCCGACUGAUGCUGUUUUUUAUCGCCUCAGUGAUUUACGGCGUGGCUUGCGGUAAGUUCAACCUGUUAUCUUCUUGA